AUGCUUGCUAGAGCACCACCACCUUUGAACACAAGUUCUUUUCCGCCAACAAUGCAACAGCAAUCACAAUCAUCAUCGCAAAGAUUUCCAAAGCAAUAUCAACCGCCUGUUUUACCACCUAAUUUUCAAGGAAAUCCACAAUAUCAAACUCAGCCACCAAUUUCAAUUCAACCUCCAGUUUCAUCACCCAAUUUUUCAAGCAAUCAACAUUAUUCAGCACAAAUGACAAAUGGAAUGAAUCAACCGCUGGUACAACAUCCGUAUUUUAACUCUGGAUUACCACCAUCGUCUACUCAAAUGCAAUCUACAUCUGUUACAUCUAUUCAAUAUAGUGCUUCACCAACAAUAGCUAAUACUCAAUUUCAAAAUUUAACACAUCCUCCUCCUAAUCAAUCUCCAUCAAAUAUGAGUGGUGCACCAUCAUAUCAACCAAAUCAAUAUCCUCAUGGUCAACCUUCAUACAAUGGACCACCACCUUCAUUUCCACCAAAUAAUCGACCAUCACCACCACCCACAAUAGGCUAUCCGCCACAAUCUCAUUAUCCUAAUCUAUCUGGUCCGCCAACCAUGCUCGGUAGUCAAUUGAAUGCACCAAAUACAUAUCCUGGUCAACCACCAUCAAGUGGACCAGCACAACAACCAAUGCCACAAUCACGUAUUGAUCCAAAUAUGGUACCUAAUGUUAUUGAAGUACUUGAACAAAGUCAAGAAAAAAUUCAAGAACCAUUUAUAACAAAUGCUCCAGGUUUAUUACCACCAUUAGUCGGAACAAAUUUUAUUUGUCAAGAUCAAGGUAGUUGUAAUCCAUGUUUCAUGCGUUCAACUGCAUAUUCAAUACCAAAUGCAACUGAUUUGGUUAAACAAUCCCAUAUACCUAUUGCUCUAUCCAUUUCUCCAUUGGCGGAUCUUAGAUCAGAUGAGCUUGAACCACCAAUAACUAAUUUUGGUGAAAUAGGUCCAGUACGAUGUCAUCGUUGUAAAGCAUAUAUGUGUUCAUUUAUGCAAUUUAUUGAUGGUGGAAAACGUUUUAUUUGCUGUUUUUGUGAAGCAGCAACAGAUGUGGCCACUGAAUAUUUUAAUCAUCUUGAUCAUAGUGGUCGUCGUGUAGAUUGGUAUCAACGACCUGAGCUUUGUCUUGGUUCGUAUGAAAUUUUAGCAACACAACAAUAUUGUAAAGAUGAAAAAUGGCCCGAACCACCAGCAUUUCUAUUUAUGAUUGAUGUAUCUUAUAAUAGUGUUCGUAGUGGUCUUGUUGAAUAUAUUUGUCAUAUAUUAAAAACAGAACUUCUUGAUUAUUUACCAAAAGAUAAAAAUGCUGAAACAUCGACAGUACGAGUUGGUUUUGCAACAUUUGAUAAACAAAUACAUUUUUAUAAUAUUAAAAAUACACUUGGACAGCCCCAAAUGAUGGUUGUCUCCGAACUUGAAGAUAUAUUUGUACCAUUACUUGAUGGUUUUCUUUGUUCACCACAAACUUCACGCAAUGUGAUUAACACUUUACUUGAUAAUAUUCCACAAACAUUUGCAAAUACGCAAGAAACAGAAACUGUAUUAGCACCAGUUAUUGAAGCAGGCAUUCAAGCGUUAAAAGGAGCCAAUUGUUGUGGUAAAAUUUAUAUAUUUUCAACAACAUUACCAAUUGCUGUUGCUCCUGGAAAAUUAUCAAAUCGUGAUGAUAAAAAAUUACUUGGUACUGAUAAAGAAAAGAUACUUCUUUCACCAGUUGAUAAUUUUUAUACAAAACUUGGUGAAGAAUGUGUUCAAAAUGGUUGUGCUGUUGAUUUAUUUGUAUUUCCAAAUAAUUAUGUUGAUCUUGCUACAAUUGGUGAAGUUUGUCGUGUAUCUGGUGGACAAAUUUAUAAAUUUAAUUACUUUUCAAUUGAGAAUGAUGGUGAACGUUUAUUAGAUGAACUUAAACGUAAUUUUCAACGAACUACUGUUUUUGAUGCAUUAAUGCGUAUACGAACUAGUGCAGGCAUUCGACCAGUUGAUUUUCUUGGUAAUUUUCAUAUGACAAAUGCAACUGAAAUGAUAUUUGGUACAAUUGAUUCAGAUAAAACAGUAUCCGUUGAAUUAAAACAUGAUGAUAAAUUACCUGUUGAAAAUAAUAUUUGCAUUCAAGCCGCUUUACUUUAUACUAGUAUAUCUGGUCAACGUCGUUUAAGAAUAUUAACAUUAGCAUUAACAGUAACAUCAUCAUAUACAUCACUUUAUCCAUCAUGUGAUCUUGAUACAAUUAUGAAUUACAUAAUAAAAAUUGCUAUUCGUUCAAUAUCAAUGUCAACUCCAAAAAGUAUACGAGAAAAUAUAAUAAUACAAGCUGCUAAUAUGUUAGCUUGUUAUCGAAAACAUUGUGCACAAACAACAUCAGCUGGACAAUUAAUUUUACCUGAUACAUUAAAAUUAUUACCUAUUUAUGUAGCAUCAUUAGUUAAAUCUGAUGUUUUAACUGGCACUCAAACACUAACAACAGACGAUCGAAGUUGGUUAAUGCAUCGAUUAAUGUCAAUGAAUAUAAAAGGAACAUCAGCAUAUUUAUAUCCAAGAAUUUAUCCAUUGCAUAAUUUGGACGAAAAUAAUAUUCCACCAUCAAUGGUUCGAUGCUUAUAUGAACAUUUAUCUGAUUCAGGAGCUUAUGUUAUUGAGAAUGGUCUUUUUAUGUAUAUUUGGCUUGGUAGUCAAAUCGAUCCCACAUUUGUGCAAUCUUUAUUUGAUCUUCAAUCUGCAGCAAAUAUUCAACCAGAAAGAUGUCGUAUUGUUGAGCUUGAUAAUCCAAUAUCAAAGAAUGUUCGAAAAUUGUUAAAAAUAAUUCGUAAUGAACGAAAUUCCCAUAUGAAACUUUUUGUUAUUCGACAACGUGAUACAAUAGAACCAUUUUUCAAGAAUUAUCUUGUUGAAGAUAAAGGUUUCACAGGCGGUGCGUCUUAUGUUGAUUUUCUUUAUCAUUUACAUCGUGAAAUUCGAAUUAUUCUGCAAUAA